UCCAAUGCCAAUUCAUUACAGAUACUUGUGACCUUCAACAUUUGAACCUCACCUCCACACUUUAAUUUCAAAAAUGCCUUCUCAGAUUUGGAAUCUUUUUCCCACUUAUGUCCAACUUAUCUUUUCUUGAUUUUUUUUGAAAGAUUUGUCUUUUGUUUUCAGACCAUGCCAUUGAACAAAGGUCAAAACCUCCUCUGAGCACCACUGUGUUGCAAACUUCCUCUGUUUCACAAGUUUGGUUGGUGUUGUGAGCCUAGUCGGUGAAUGAGAAGCAAGUUUCAAUCCUAGUUUUUGUAACCAUGCCAUCAUCUCCUUCUUGGCUCACAUCUCCUCAAUGUUCAACGUCUGUCAUUCAAUCCUCAGACACCCUUUCAACUGCAAUCCAAUGGCUGAGAUUCAUCUUCCUAUCUCCAUGCCCUCAAAGACUUCUCUUCUCAACCAUUGAUGCUCUAUUCUUACUAACCCUUGUUGUGUUUUCGCUCCGAAAGCUGUGUUCUAGAUUCACCUCCAGAACCAAUCCCAAUUCCUCCAUAAACAAGCCCUUAAUUGAAACCAACAAGUCCAAUUUCAGAGUCACAACAUGGCUGUACAUUUCUCUAGCUCUAACAGCCCUGUUAUCAAUAUGUUUCUCUGUUCUAUGCAUUUUAGCCUUCGUUCAAGGCACCCAAUCUCCAUGGAAGCUCGCAGAAGCUUUGUUUUGGUUAUUCCAAGCAAUAACCCAUGUCGCAAUUUCGAUCCUAAUUGCCCAUGAGAGAAAAUUUCAAGCUGUUACUCAUCCGAUGCCCCUUCGGAUCUAUUGGGUGGCAAACUUUAUUGUUGUAUCGUUGUUUGCUGCCUCGGGUAUAGCCCGAUUCAUCACCGUUGGUGGGGAUUUUGACCCUGCCAUGAAAUUGGAUGAUGUAGUUUUCUUGGUAGUCCUUCCAAUAUCUGUAUUUCUUUUGAUUGUUAGUGUUAGAGGAUCAUCUGGGGUGAUUGUUGUUGGAGAAUCAGAAUUAGGCACAAACUCAACAAUUUCACAAGUGAAUGAUCCUAAUUUGCUUGAUUCUAGUGUGAGUGCCUAUGCCAGGGCUUCUUUUUUCUCCAAAUUGACUUGGCAUUGGAUGAAUCCAUUGUUGAGUAAGGGCUACAAAUCCCCUCUAAAAAUGGAUGAAGUUCCCUCACUUUCGCCCGCUCACCGGGCUAAAAUAAUGGCUGAGGUUUUCGAAAUGAACUGGCCUAAACCCGAGGAGAAUUCAAAAAACCCUGUUCGAACCACUUUGAUCCGGUGCUUCUGGAAAGACAUUGCUUUCACCGGUUUUCUUGCUGUCGUGAAACUGCUUGUCAUGUAUGUCGGCCCCAUGCUAAUCAACAGUUUUGUCGAUUUCACAUCAGGGAAGGGAAGCAACCCCUAUGAGGGGUACUAUCUAGUAUUGAUCCUUUUAGUCGCGAAAAUCAUUGAAGUACUUAGUUCACACCACUUCAAUUUCCAUUCUCAGAAGAUUGGGAUGCUAAUCCGGUGCACAGUCAUCACCGCUUUAUAUAAGAAGGGGCUUAGGUUGUCGUGCUCAUCACGCCAAGCUCAUGGGGUUGGGCAGAUUGUGAAUUACAUGGCUGUCGAUGCUCAACAGCUCUCAGAUCUCAUGAUGCAGCUUCAUUCGAUAUGGCUAAUGCCAUUCCAGCUUGGGGUUGCAUUACUGCUUCUUUAUGUCUACAUGGGCCUCUCAGCGCUUGCAGCGUUGGCAGCGGUUACUGCAGUUCUGAUCUUUAGUUUAAUGCGCACGCGCAAGAACAACACUUUCCAGUAUUUUGUGAUGAAAAACCGCGAUUCAAGGCUCAAGGCUACUAAUGAAAUGCUGAGCAAUAUGCGCGUGAUUAAAUUCCAGGCAUGGGAAGAACAUUUCAAUCAGAGAAUUGAAUCUUGUCGCGAAAAGGAAUAUGGUUGGCUUAGCAAGUUCACGUACUCGAUCUCUUUGACCUUUGCUGUCCUCUGGAGCAUGCCGAUUUUGAUGUCAGCGCUUGUGUUUGGUGUCGCGAUUUUGUUGGGAAUUAGUCUUGAACCCGGGACAGUGUUCACAGCGACAACUGUUUUGAGACUUAUACAAGAACCCGUUAGGACCUUCCCUCAAUCAUUGAUUUCGGUUACACAAGCGUUGAUUUCGCUAGGGAGGUUGGACGGUUUUCUGACAAGCAAGGAAUUGAACGAUGAAUCAGUGGAGAGAGAGGAAGGGUGUGGUGGUGAGAUCGCGGUGGAGGUGAAAGAUGGGACUUUUUCGUGGGACGAUGAAGGCGACAAUGUGAAUUUGAAAGGGGUGAAUUUGGAGAUCAAGAAAGGGGAACUUGCUGCGAUUGUUGGAACUGUUGGAUCAGGCAAGUCUUCUUUGUUGGCUUCUAUUCUUGGUGAGCUACACAAAAAGUCUGGAAAGCUGGAGAGCACUGGCAGAAUAGAUGGCUUCAGUGAACCUGCAACAGAAAGAAACUUUCGCCGUUCCGUCGUGUCUGCAACCGUUGCCUUAUCUAGGCGACCUUUUAUUCUGGCUUCAUUUGUUCUGAUCUCUGCCUUUAAUUCUUGUUUUCAAUCUUUGCCUUCAUAG